CUUUCAGUGUGACAUCCGGUGGAAGUAAACAAAGGACGCUGUGGAGGAGUGGAGCUGGUUUGAAGCUACAGCCGAAGAAGAAGCAGCGAUGUCUUCGGUUCAGCGUCUGAGAGCGUUUGUCACCGAGCGACUGACUGCUGCUGCAGCAGAAAUCCUCGGAGCCUUUGAGAAAACCAUGGAGGAGUAUGAAGCAGAGAUCGGUCGGCAGCGCAGGCUGCUGGACGUGGUCUGGAGACCUGAGGUCAGGCUGCACAGGCUGCGAGAACCCACGCAUCAACCCGUGUGUCAGGAGGAGGAGCUCUGGAGCCGAGAGAAGGACCCCAGUCUGGACCACGAGGAACCAGAAGCUCCACGGGUCAAAGAGGAGCAGGAGGAGCUCUGCAGCGGUCCGGAGCCGCUGGUUCUGAAGGAAGAGACGGGCCCCUUGAUUCCUGCUUAUGCGGCAGGUGAUCCCAGAGACGCAGAAGCACACGCUGAGCACCACAGCUUUCCUGUAGCUGAAAGCCGAGAUCCAGAGGGAGGCCAGCGUGUUGGGGCGUCAGGUGGGAACACAGAAAAACGCCCAAAGAAGAGACGGUGUAAAAACACCCGCAUCAUCAACCACAUGGACGUCUCCCCUACGGCACCGUGUGAGACUCAGACGGAUGAGAAAGCCUUCGAUUGUGUUUUUUGUGGAAAGACAUUUAAGCACAAGUCCAACAUGAACGUUCACCUGAGGAUCCACACAGGGGAGGAACCCUAUGUUUGCAAAACAUGUGGGAAACGGUUCCGGCAGAUCUCUGCACUGAAGGUCCACCUUAACGUCCACACGGGGACGGUUCCGUUUUCCUGUGGGACGUGUGGGAAGGGCUUCACUCGCAGUAGCAACCUGCUGGUCCACCUGAGAACGCACACGGGUGAGAAGCCGUAUUCGUGCGAAACGUGUGGGAAAGGUUUCACGCAUAAAAGUAACUUGUUGGUUCACCUAAGAUCCCACACGGGCGAGAGGCCGUACCGCUGUAAAAUCUGUGGCAUGUGUUUCAUAUACAGCAAUGAGCUGACGGUUCACAUGAGAGGACACACCGGUGAGAAACCAUACACCUGUAACACCUGCGGAGAGAAGUUCAGUGGAGCCAAGUUCCUGAGAAACCACAUGAAGGUCCACACAACGCAGACGUCGCGUGGUGCAGAACCGGGUCAGCAGCUGGUCCACACACCGUCUGUCCCAUCGCAGCAGCCGGCGCUCGUGCCUCCCCCACAGGAUCUCACUUCACCUGACUGAGCGUUCCUCGCUCACCACAGAAGGUGCUUAUGACGGACCUGUUGGUGACUGGAAGUGGACGAUACUGAAGCUGUGAAUUUAUACACGGUGUCCAGAAUCAGCGUCUGGCUCCAGACGUGGAUCUUUGUUAACUGUAGGUCUUUCUGACAGAGAAUCAUGAGUUCCAUCCAUCAAUGAGAACCAUCAAUUGAAGGAUUCAGUGUCUAAUCAAUAAAACACUUUAAUAGUUAUUUACUGUUUUAAUUAUAUUAAGGGUCAAUUAUGCAUCUGCAAAUUAUAAUGAAUUUACAAACAAAACUGUAAAGAGAUUUUAAAUAACUUAUGGCUGAAUGAAGUCAUAAUAAUGAAGUCACUAUUACUGUAUUUACAUGCAGACUGAAUAAUUAUUAUUGGAGGCAGCAUGUAAGAGAAGCUGUAGCCCAUAAUCAGCUGCCAUCCUGCAGCAGCAGGCGAAAAACAGCUGAAGCGAGAAACAUUAGAGUCGCUGUGAGGAACCGUGUUCCGUGUUCUGAGCUCGUGUUUCUCCUUUGGAACCUAAAGUUCCAUAUAAGUUGCUGAAUGUUGAACCUGUGAACGUUUCCAAACAUUUGUUUGUUUUGGUUCUCAGACCUCCUGUGAUUAGUUAAAUGCCCUUUACAGUUAUAGUUACUUUUUUAAAUAAAAAAAUGGUCUUUUUGGCUUCUGCACUAAAUGUGUCUGGAGAAGAAAGAUGAGUUCAGAAAUGGUUGUAUUUAGUCAGAUUGAAGCAGGUUUCUACCAGGUUAAGGUGAGUUCACUUCACCCAAUAAGAAGAAAAUGGACAAUUCUCCAUUGGUGUAAAAAACAAGAUACUGACAAUAAAGUCUAGUUUGUGUGUA